GUUUUUUAACGCCUAAGCAUUUGCUGCGUUUAAAUUGAUACAAAUCGUUAAAUGCAUUAAUAAUAUGUAAACGAAUUAUAAUAUGUGGUGCCGUGUUAAGUUCAGCUUUCAGUUAUUGGAUAAUUGCCGUUUUUCUCUUGUCUUUUAAUUUUCCUUUUUCUAAAUCGUGUCUUCAGUAAUGAUUAUUUAAUUAUAUUAUACCCGUAAGAGGAACAAGAAACAGUUUUCAAGAUGGCAUUUAUUAAAGAGGAGACUGAAGACAUAAGUAUUGCAGAACAAUUCAGAGUGAAAAAUGAAGAUGCUGAGGAUCAUACAGACCUGGUGGUGAUGAAAGUGGAGAGUCAAGAACUGGAUGAAAUGGAGGAGGAAGAUCAUCUUGAAGAAACCCUUUGCUCAAAGACUGAACGGGCGUCCUCACAAAAAAGAGCUCGGAAGGCAGGCUCUAAAAAGUGUUACAUCUGUCCUCAGUGUGGCAGGAAUUUCACUUAUGAAAAAAGCCUUAAAAAACACGAGGCAAAUCACACUGGACAAUGCCCUUUUACAUGCCAACAGUGUGGGAACAUUUUCACUACAAAUGGAAGCCUUAAAAACCACAUGAGAGUUCACACUGGAGAGAAGCCUUACACGUGCGAUCAGUGUGGAAAGAGUUACACACGAAGCAAGACCUUGAGGGACCACAUGAGGAUUCACACUGGAGAAAGGCCUUACACAUGUAAUCAGUGUGGGAAAAGUUACAUACGAAGCAAGACCUUGAGGGAUCACAUGAGGAUUCACACUGGAGAAAGGCCUUACGCAUGUGAUCAGUGUGGAAAGAGUUUCAUACAUAAAGUGACCCUUAAUUUACACAUGAAAAUUCACUCCAGAGAGAACCAUUUUAUAUGCCAUCAGUGUGGAAAGAGUUUCAAAGACAUUGCACGCCUUAACAGGCAUGUGAUAAUUCACUCCGGAGAGAAGCCCUUCAAAUGUCACCAAUGUGGAAAGGGGUUUCAAAUAAGUAACAACCUUAAGGCACACAUGAAAUGUCACACUGAGGAGAAGCCUUUCAAGUGCCAUCAAUGUGGAAAGUGUUUAAAACAUGAAACAUCCCUUAACUACCACAUGCGACUUCACACUGGAGAGAGGCCUUUCACCUGCCCUCAGUGUGGAAAGAGUUUCAUUCUUGAAGGACAGCUUAGUCGUCACAUGCGAUAUAUUCACACGGAUGAGAAGCCUUUCGUGUGCCAUUACUGUGGAAGGAUUUGUGAAAGCAAAUCAAACCUUAAGAUUCACAUACAAAUUCACACUGGAGAAAAGCCUUUCUCCUGCCCUCAGUGCGGAAAGAGUUUCAUUCAUAAAGGACUCCUUAAUUAUCACAUGAAACUUCACACUGGAGAAAAGCCUUUCAGUUGCCAUCUGUGUGGUAUGAGUUUCAGAUAUAAAGGACUUCUUAAUGGUCACAUGAGAAGUGUGCACACCAAUGAGAAGCCUUUUACCUGUCAUCACUGUGGAAGGAUUUGUGAAAGCAAAUCAAAACUUCAGAUUCACAUGCGAAUUCACACUGGUGAAAGGCCUUUCUCCUGCCCUUGUGGGAAAAGCUUCGCACUUAAAGGAAACCUUACGGCUCACAUGAGACUUCACACUGGAGACAGGCCUUACAUGUGUGUUCAGUGUGAGAAGAGUUUUGCUUAUCUAAGGCAGCUUAAAAGUCACUUGCAAACUCAUUUUGGAGAGAAGUCGCAGUGUUCUGAGUGUGGCAAGAGGUUUGCAAAGAUGAGCAAUUUCCAAAAUCAUCUGCGCAUUCACUCUGGACCAAGGCCAUUUAAUUGUAAUCGGUGUAAUAAAACGUUUAUUUUGCCAUCACACUUAGAGAUACACCUGAAAAGUCAUGCAGACAAAAGACCCUAUUUGUGUUCUCGGUGUGGAAAGAGUUUUAAAUGGCUCUGCAAUUUAAGAUCGCAUCGGAGAUUUCAUGUCUGUGUGAAACCUAAUUCCAGAGCAAGCUACUUGAAACGGAAGAAACAAAUCCAUACUGGAGAAAAACCUCACAUCGUAACAAGUGACUUUCAUGGGGACAAUGUGAUGGCGCCUUAAUUGUGUUAAACAAAGCUGAUGUGUUAUUGUGCUACAAUGUGUCAUGGGUGAACAUUUCCAAUAUUGUUGUAGUGGAGGUACUGUAUCACUUUUAUUCAUUUUGUAUCACCAAGUAAAUAGUUUUACUUUCGUCAUGGCUCAUCUCUAGAGGCAGGUUGUGAUGUGGCCCAUUAAAAAAUUCAUCCACUUAAAUACAUAGACUUUUAUAUAAACUUCUAUAUCAAUCCUAAAUUUAACUCAUAAAUGUGUUCAGCAUUCUGCAACACAUUUUUAGUUUCUAGACUAUUUUAAGUCAUAAAGUAAGAUGUAUGUAUUAAAAUGUCUUGUAUGGCUUCAGUUUAGUCUACAUCAUUUCAGCAACUAGUAAGUCUGAUUGUGAACCUGUUCAGUGUUCUUUACCAGGAGGCAGGAGGAUGUGUGGAGCAGUGUACUAAAUUAGUGAAUGUGUAAACCCUUUGAUUUAAACGUGCUCAUGUUAAGAAAGGCUGCUCACUGUGGAGCCGACAGUUGGAGCUUCACGUCCAGCUCUCUCUCUCUCUGGAUUUAAUGGGUGGAGCUAGAAGUUCCAACCACACCCUAACCUUACCAAUAACCCUAUCCCCUAACAUUAAUCAUUACCCUAUCCCCUAACCUUACCCAUAACCCGAUCCCAUAACCCUAUCCCCCAACAUUACUCAUUACCCUACCCUCUAACCUUACCCAUAACCCUAUCCUCUAACCUCACCCAUAACCCUGUCCCCUAUAUAUCCCUAUCCUCUAACCUCACCCAUAACCCUGUCCCCUAACCUUACCUAUAGCACAUCCCCUAAUCUUACCCAUAACCCUAUCCUCUAACCUCACCCAUAACCCUGUCCCCUAUAUAUCCCCAUCCUCUAACCUCACCCAUAACCCUGUCCCCUAUAUAUCCCUAUCCUCUAACCUCACCCAUAACCCUGUCCCCUAUAUAUCCCUAGUAUCCUCUAACCUCACCCAUAACCCUGUCCCCUAACCUUACCUAUAGCACAUCCCCUAAUCUUACCCAUAACCCUAUCCUCUAACCUCACCCAUAACCCUGUCCCCUAUAUAUCCCCAUUCUCUAACCUCACCCAUAACCCUGUCCCCUAUAUAUCCCUAUCCUCUAACCUCACCCAUAACCCUGUCCCCUAACCUUACCUAUAGCACAUCCCCUAAUCUUACCCAUAACCAUAUCCUCUAACCUUGCCCAUAACCCUGUCCCCUAUAUAUCCCCAUCCUCUAACCUCACCCAUAACCCUAUCCUCUAUCCUCACCCAUAACCCUAUCUUCUAACCUUACCUAUAACCCUUACCCAUAACCCUAUCCUCUAACCUCGCCCAUAACCCCAUCCCCUAACCUUACCCAUAACCCUAUCUCCUAACCUUACCCAUAACCCUAUCCUCUAACCUUGCCCAUAAUCCUAUCUCCUAACCUUACCUAUAACCCUGUCCCCUAACCUUACCCAUAACCCUAUCCCCUAACCUUACCCAUAACCCUAUCCUCUAACCUUGCCCAUAAUCCUAUCUCCUAACCUUACCCAUAACCCUAUCAUCCAACCUUGCCCAUAAUCCUAUCUCCUAACCUUACCUAUAACCCUACUCUCAAACCUCGCCCAUAACCCUCUCCUCUAACCUCACCCAUAACCCUCUCCUCUAACCUCACCCAUAACCCUAUCUCCUAACCUUAGCCAUAACCCAUAACCCUAUCCCAUAACCUUACCCAUAACCCUAUCCCCUAACCUUACCCAUAACCUUAUCCCCUAACAUUACUCAUUACCCUAACCCCUAACCUUACCCAUAAUACUAUCCCCUAACCUUACACAUAACCCUAUCCCCUAACCUUACCCAUAACCCUAUCCCCUAACCUUACUUAUAACCCUAUCCCCUAACCUUACUUAUAACCCUGUCCCCUAACCUUACUUAUAACACAUCCCCUAAUCUUACCCAGAACCCGAUUCCCUAACCUUACCCAUAACCCUAUCCCUAGUCUCAGCCUCAGACGUCACACCUACAGACCAUUGGCUGAACGUCUGAUGCAUAUAGAACACAAAAUGGGAAACACUUCAGACGUUUUGAAUUCUUCAUCAUCUGAAUUCUACAGGAUUUCCUGGAGACUAUAUCUUUAAUAGUCCACAUGGCAUCAAAACUAUCAUGAUGCCAAACCCCCUCAAGGAAGAGGAAAGCUGUCUUGUUUACAACUGUGACAAUGAGCGAUUACCAGGACCAACUAAGGAUUUUCAAAUGUAUGUAUGGUUCGCAUUUCCAUUGUUGCUGUAAACUUGGACAACAUUCUUGAAUGAAUACUUUAUUAGAUGCUGGACUGUUAUUGCAGUUAUUGGCCAAUGAAAGCUGCGAUGAACUCCAGACCUUCUGCUGUCAGUCUGAAUGUCUGGAUAUGUGAGACUACCCUAUCCUUAAAAAUAAAUAGGUCAAAAUCCACCCAUUAUGUCCAAAGAGGGGGAUCUAGAUGUCACUUGACUCUGUGAGCAGUCACUUGCAUGUGAAUAGCUUGUAAACUAUACGGUUAUGUUUGUUUUAUAUUUGUUGCAUCUAUAUCAUCUCUUCUCAAUUCCUAACAUUCUAUAUCAACAUUUGAACGCAAUAAAUACUAGGCUACA